AUGAACUUCCUCUCCGAACAGGUAAAGAAAUUCUCCGACUCCAAACCAGAGGAGCCAGACCACAACAAACCCGUUGAAGGAACCACCGAAACAGUCAACAGACCAGCUUCAUCCUCCGAGCUCAUGGCUAGUGCCAAGGUUGUAGCCGAAGCUGCUCAAGCCGCGGCUCGUAACGAGUCAGACAAGCUCGACAAGGCUAAAGUCGCUGGAGCCAGCGCUGAUAUCUUAGAUGCUGCUCAGAAAUACGGUAAGCUCGAUGAGAAGAGUGGCGCUGGUCAGUAUCUUGACAAGGCUGAGAAGUAUCUAAACGACUUCGAGUCCUCACAUUCCACCGGCGCCGCCGGUACUCCUCCUCCGGCUGCUACCGGUGCUCCUCCUCCGGCUACUACUGGUGCUCCUCCUCCGGCAAGUGAGGCUGAACCGGAAGCUAAGAAACCUGAAGAGGAGUCUAGUGGUGGCUUGGGAGGUUAUGCUAAGAUGGCUCAAGGUUUCAUGAAGUGAUUAAUCUUUAAUUGUUAUUUUAUCGUGAAGUAAUCAAAUUAAAUAAAGUACGUACGUUAGUGAUUGUGUUGUAUCGUUUAAUAUGGUAUAAAGCUAAAUAACUAAGUACGUUAGUAAUUAUGUUUUAUCGUUUUGUAUGGGGAGCGAAUGUAAUCUAUCUUUGUCUUUGUUCUGUCUUAAAUCUAUCUAUAUUUGUCUUUGUUCUGUCCUAAUCUAUCUAUAUUUGUUAUGAUUAUGCUUAACGUUUUGGUGUCUAUAAGACAUUUUUUUUUAGAGAAUAUUUGCUCAAACACCAUAUGAGCAUAUGUAAUUAGCCAAAUACACAUGAUUUGACAUAAAUAA